AGUGUUUUGUAUUUAAGCAGAAUGGAGCGGGAGGAAGAGAGGGAACGGCGUCGUGUACGUGACAAGCAGAGGAGACAAUCGAUGAAUAAAGAACAGAGGGAACGACACCUUGCACGACGCCGCAGAAACUACCAGCUUCGAAGACAGAGAUCUGCAAAUAAUGCUCCAUUAAUGGCUGAAGCCUUGUCCACUCCUUCUAACUCAUCAUUUCAAAUUCUUCAAGGAUCGUCAAUUCCGCUGGAAGCUUUUCCGAGAAGGUUGCGUCUAAAUGCAAUUAAACGCCUUGCACGAAACCUGGGAACUCCAAUGACUGUGCCACCUUCCAUUGCCAACCACCCCGUCGCACCAGACUUGAUAUCACUAUCAGCUUCAAGUGCUGAUGAUGGUAGCAUAAUAACAAAAUCAAAACCCUUACGUUUGAAUUGUGUCAAACGCCUUGCUCGAUCAUUAAGUUUUCCAGCGGAAAAGACAGCACCACAGAAUAACCACAAUGUGAAUGGGAUGGAGAAUGGGGAAGGUAUAUGAGUGGCAACAACUUCUUGAAAAUCAUUUGUUGAAGCUCGUCACCAGUCACAAACAAUGUUAGAAAUUAAAUGGAAUUGGGAGGAAGAAAAGUUUUUAUUCAGCCCAUGUGUAUUGUUUAUACACAGUGGAUUGGAUAGGGGGAAAAAAGUUAGAACAUGGGCUGAAUAAUUAUAGAUGCUGUUAAUAAUUUAA